AUGAGUAAUAAUCCUGAAGACAAGAUUGACUACUAUCCGUUUGACGACUUAAAAGUUGAAUUGUUGCUUGAUUUUUAUAAUGAUAUGAAUGACUUACAUGAUCUGUGUGAUGAUAUGGUUAAUUUGUAUAAAAGGGAGGAGUGCUGUACUUUAGGAAGUGAAAGAUAUUCUGUUCUCAUUGAAGAUGAAAUCUUUUUGAUAGAGGAUAUCGCUUCUUUAGCUUGUAAAUUCUUGGAGCAACAUGGUUCUGUUAUUGGGGCUUUUAGACGAUGUAGGGAAAAAAGAGAAAACAGAAAACAUGAACAGUGUAAGCCGAAGAAGAAUAAUUAA